AGGCACCACCAGCCCCAACAUAGAGAGAAAUCCCACCAUUCCUUUCCGGAGCCACCAAACCCAUAUUCAAUCUUAGUAGAGACUGAUGCUGGCGUAACAACACACCAACAUAGACGGUCCACAGAUGGAGGACUGUCUUGCCACCCUGCCCCUUGCUCAUCCUCUGAUUACUCCCUCCGCCGGACAACCAUAUUCCGAAGAACAACUUCGCCGCAGUCCUGCCCCAAAACUGGCAAGAAACUCCUACUCCUUGCAAAUAGAUAACCAAACCUCGUUACUCCAUCAAUCUCGUUUCAUCCCACCGCAGAGCACCAAACAACAUUGUGGUUGAAUCCAAGUAUUAGAAUCCAGAUCGACUAUGCCGUCCUUCGCCAGUGUUGAGCCUACACGCGUAUGCAAUGCAACUUCGCUCCACCAUCUAAACCGUUUAAGAGAAAGAAAAAAACUACCAGCGUAACCUCAAACUCCGACCACCACACGCCGCCAACAGCAUGUGAACCCGUCCAGCCACACCCAUCAUGCAUCGACGCGGCUAAAACUCUGAAAGCCACCGUCAAUGCGGGGGCGCCGCCGAACAAGCAACAGAAAACCAUUUAUUUUGGCCAAUCCAAAUUCUCCCCUACUUUUGCAGAACAGAAUACUCAGAAUUGUAGUUGUCAGAACAGAAUCCCAAGCUUCCUUUCUCCUAUCACAAGUGUAAGAAAAUAUUUUUAAUAAAGAGGUUUUUUUUUUUUUUUGGUAAGAAACAACGGUAACCAUACAAAAACCUCCUCAUUCCAAUUCCUAGCGCGAAAUAGAGGAAAAAAAAUAACAAUUUCCCAAAUGCUAUCAGUCACUCCCCCUCUCCUUCUCCACAGAAACUCCACCCUCUUCUUCUUCCCAUCAUUCCCAAUCCGCACGAGGCCUCCGAGCCCCAUCAGGAUCUCACGAUGCUCUUCGGGCCUCCAAGAGGCCAAGGACGCAGAUCAGCUCGGAUCGGACGAGCUCUCCGCCUCGUCGCCGUUCCCGGCCGUCAAGGCGGCGAAGAGAGUGGUUCUGGUGAGGCACGGGCAGAGCACGUGGAACGAGGAAGGUAGGAUCCAAGGCAGCUCCAAUUUCUCAGUGCUCACCAAGAAAGGCGAGGCUCAGGCCCAGACUUCCCGCCAAAUGCUCAUCGGAGAUGCCUUCGAUGUCUGCUUCGCCAGUCCCUUGGCACGGUCAAAGAGAACAGCCGAAAUUAUAUGGGACACUCGCAAAGAGGAAAUGAUUAUGGAUUUUGAUUUGAGGGAAAUCGACUUGUACUCAUUUCAAGGCCUCUUAAAGCAUGAGGGAAAAGAAAAGUUUGGUGCAGCUUUUCAGAAAUGGCAGGUAGAUGCACCAAAUUUUAGCAUUGAUGAUCAUUAUCCAGUGAGAGAGUUAUGGGCACGUGCUAGGAGCUGCUGGACCAGAAUACUAUUGCAUGAAAGCAGGUCUGUUCUUGUGGUUGCUCAUAAUGCUGUUAAUCAGGCUCUCCUUGCAACAGCCAUUGGACUGGGAACAGAGUAUUUCAGGACUUUAGUUCAGAGCAAUUGUGGUGUAAGCGUACUGGACUUCACCCCACGUGCUGAGGGUGGACCACCAUAUAUCUGCCUCAAUCGUCUAAACCAGACCCCAAGUUCACCUAUUGAAGCUGGAAGUUCAGGGGGAAGGAAAACUAGUAAGCGGAUCAUACUUGUUUGUCAUGGAUCCACAAAGAUGAAUGCAGAGCCAAUGGACAUGCUUGGGGUUAUAAAGGCCCAGAAAAUUGCCGAGCUACUUCUUGAUUUAAAAGUGAACUCUAUAGUUAGCAGUCCUAAGGAAGCUUCUGUUGAAACAGCGAUUGCCAUCUCCAGAGUACAAGAAGCUGCAGAUUGUUUGGGAGCUGACUCUGUGCCACGCUCUGUGGAGAUGAAGCAGAUGGAGAACCUUGAUGUUGAAAACAUUCUUCAGAAGUCAAAUAAGAAUGAAAUGGAGAUUCCACCUCUUCAGCCCGGUUGUCUUAAUGGAUUUGAGGAUAGAGUCGUGGAAGCUGUGUGGGAUCAAUCUGAGAAGGCCUGGCAGUCUCUGCUAGAAGAAGUAGCUGAUGAAGCAGCACCGGAAAAAGUUGUUGUUGCAGUUGGUCAUCCUGCAUUGCACAUAGCAUUGCUGGGGCGCUGCCUGAAUUUGACAAAAGAAUGGUUGGGAUCAUUUCAUCUUGAUGCAGGAAGCAUCAGUAUCAUUGAUUUUCCAGAUGGUCCUAGUGGGAGAGGUGUUAUUCGGUGCAUAAACUAUACUGCCCAUUUGGGGAGAUGGUCAGUACCUAUAACCAAAUCAACAGUAAACGAUAAAAAUAUUUAGAAAUGAUUCGUGUAGUGAACUGGUAUAGUUUUCUUUGGAGUUCGUAUACUGAUCCUACUGUAUCGAAGUAGGAUACAAAAAGAGAUGGAAUUACUUUGAUCCAUGUAUUAUAAAUUUAAUUUUUAGUUCCUCUC